AUGCUGAAUCAAAUCGUAUGUCAAAAUUGCAACAGUACGGAUGUUGAAACAAAUGAAGGGCAGGGAGAGGUCAUCUGCCUUAGAUGUGGUUCCGUCCUUGAGGAAAACAAAAUUGUUGAAUCGUUGGAGUUCGUAGAAAAUAACAAUGGAGCUAUUUCAAUGGUUGGUCAAUUCGUUCCGUCAAGCGGAAACAAAUCCUUCAUACUUUCAUGGGGAGUCAGAGAAAGCAGAGAAAUAUCUCUUCAGAAAGGGUAUAUAAACAUCCAGAAAAUUGCAGAUCAAUUACACCUUUCUACUCAGUAUGUGGAAUCAGCACAAAGAAUUUAUUUGAUGGCAUUGCAAAGAAAUUUCACAAUGGGAAGAAAUAAUUCUUAUGUGGCUGCAUCUUGUCUAUAUACAAUAUGCAGAAGAGAAAAAUCACCAGUAAUGCUAAUAGAUUUUAGUGACAUUUUACAAACUCCUGUAAAACCAUUAGGCAAAACAUUUAUGAAAUUGUUAAGAUUGUUACAUAUAAAUGUGCCGAAUAUAGAUCCGUCUCUGUAUUUAGAACGAUUCGCACAUAAACUUAAUUUAAAGAAUGAUAUAUAUAAAGUUACGUACACAGGGAUAAAACUGAUUCAAGCAAUGGCAAGAGAUUGGAUUUGUACUGGAAGAAGACCAACAGGUUUAUGUGGAGCUGCUCUAUUAAUAUCUACACGUAUGCAUGGUAUUUUUAUUAAUUCUAAUACUAUUGCAAAUAUUGUAAGAAUUUCAAAUCCAACAAUUGUUAAAAGAUUAUCAGAAUUUAAAAAUACUAGUACAGCAAAAAUGAAAGUUUCUGAUUUUGAUAAAAUACAUCUAAACGAUAUCCCUUCAAAUUCAUUGCCUCCUUGUGUUAUUGCAAACAAUAGAAGAAAAUUCAAAAGAGAUAAUAUGAUUAAAAAUAAAACCUUAUCUCUUUGUGAUAGCGAAGAUAUCUGUUCUGCUCCCACUUCUCCUGCUGCAUGUGAUAAAACAACGAGAGAUUCUGAACAAUUCCUCCAUUCCGAAGAAAAGUUUUCUCCCAAUUGUAAUGAAGACACAGUAUCACUCCACAACACUAUGAAUAGUGUAAAUGAAUAUGACGCGGAUGACUCUUGUUCAUACAAUAAUUUAACUCUGUUAGAUGGUCGAUCCUCAUGCAAUGGCUUGGAGGAUAUCACCACAACUGGCUGUAGUGUGAACGGAGGAUGUACCAAGAACAGCGAUCUGAUGAGUGGACACGUGUGCAUUUAUAUGUGUGACAAUGAUUGUCGUCAGAUGACUAAUCAGAACAUCCAUUUGAAUAUGACAUUAAGUAGCCGAUUAUCGAGUGGAAAGAUUGCCAGGGAGAACGAAACAGAGGAUGGAGAUGUUGCAUCGAGCUUUGGAAUAGAUGUAGAAGAAAUCUGCAAUGAAAAUCCAGAGGGAAAUGAUAUAGAUGAAUUAGCCAAAAAAAUUAUCAGCAAGAUCGAUGUGGAAAAGCAAUCGAAUAUUUUUAAAAUGAGAGAUAGUUCUGAUAAUAAUAAUAAUGCUCAAUUUGAUAGUGUGAGAAGUGGCUGUAGUGACAACAUGGGGAAAAGCAACAAAAAUGAAAAAUUCUCAGACGGUCAGAAUGAAAAGGGAUCAAUCGAUAACGAAGCAAUAGUGAAUGAAGCAAUAGCGAAUGAAGCGAUAGAGAACGAAUCAAUAGCGAACGAAGCAAGCAUCGACAAAAUGAAGAUCAAAAAUGAAAGAAAUCUAGAUCAAGAGGACAAGCUUUCCAUCAAGUCGACGCUAGCUAUUUCAAGCACAAACCGAUUAUCCGAGUUAGAGCACGUACAAACAACUGAAGCGAUUAUCAGUAAAAAUCUUACACAUCCACGUAAUAUAUGUGAAAAUAAAAAUUCCCAUCUCAUCCCACAUGAGUUGGAAAACAAUUCUAGAAAUGUCCAUGAUCACGCUUUUUUCAGAAAUGCAUUAAAUAGUAAUGAAGUGGAGCAAGAGAAUAUCAUAAAUUUAAACCCUGAACCAGGUGAAUCGAUAUAUCAUAACACACUUAAAGAGACCCUUAGUUCUGAAUUAAGCAAUAUACUAAAUGAUGUUGAUGAAUUUAACAUUUUGGGGUAUGGGAGUAACAGAGAAGACAAUUAUCGAAAUAAUGAAAAAAAUAGUAUUAAUGAUGAUACAAAUAAUGCAAGCAGUAUUUUAUCUGAUUUCAAUUAUAUAUUUGGAAAUAAUUCCAAUAUCAUGGAUAAUCAAGAUGCCAGUGUAGAAGAUACUUUAUCAGAUGAUGGAUCAAUAGAUGAACUUAAUGAAUCACUAUCCGAUUUUUACGAUAGCGAAAUUGAAGGUAUGAUCUUAUCAGAAAAAGAAAGAAAAAGUAAAAUGCUAAUAUGGGAUGAUAUGAUGAAAACUCGUUUCCCACAAUAUUUUAAACAGCUUAAAAAACAAAAGAAAAGAACGAAUUAUUAUCCUGAUCAUCUGGAAGAAAAAAAUAUAAAAAAGAAGAAAAAAGAAAAUGAUGAUCUUCCAGAAAUGCAAUCUACUGGAGAUUCUGUUAUCAUGGCUUUACAAAAAUCAGAUAAAAAUAUCUCAUCUUUAAUGAAUUAUGACGUACUAAAGUCCCUUUUUUCGUCAUGA